CAUGCCAAGCGUGCCAGCAACAGCACCACGCCCCCCUCCUACGAAUAUGUAAUUGUCGGCUCCGGAGCUGGUGGCGCACCUUUGGCAGCACGACUCGCGCUCGCCGGACACAGUGUGCUGCUGCUCGAAGCGGGCGACGAUCAAGGAAACGCGACGCAAGUGGUAGUGCCGGCGUUGCACUCGGUAGCGGCUGAAUACGAGCCGUUGCGCUGGGACUACUUCGUGCAGCACUACGAAGACGAGGAGCAGCAGCGUCGCGACACCAAGCUGACUUACACUACUCCCGAUGGCCAGCAGUACACUGGUGCGAAUCCGCCGGAAGGUUCCACGCCGCUGGGAGUCUUGUACCCACGCGUCGGGUCGCUGGGCGGUUGCUCAGUACACAAUGCUCUCAUCACCGUGUAUCCGCAUGAAAGCGACUGGAGCACCAUCCAGAGCAUCACGGGAGAUGACUCGUGGGCGCCGGACAACAUGCGCAAGUAUUAUGAGCGGCUGGAGAGGUCGCGGUACUU